UCCACGCUUGCUGAGUGUCGUAAGAGCUUACGAUAGUAAAGGGAGAGUUGGGAACAGCCCCCUAUUAAGUAGCAGAUUGUAGAGAGUCUUCCCACUUGGAAAAAGGCUUCUGAUCUGUGACCUCCACAAGAGGAGAACUGAGUUUUCGUCUGUGCUUAGAAUAUUGAUUCUCCUCCCGUAAAACUUAUAUCGAUCAUUACCAGAAGGGGCAUAUCCAAAGAGGCUUUACUGUUUUGUAUUCUGAAAUCAAACGAGCGACAGCACAACUUCAUUUCCACAGCCUCAUUCAUGUUCUGCUGAACCAGAGAGAGAAAGAGAGUCAAAAUGAAGAUAAGGCUGUCUCUGGCAGCGGCUGCCUUCCUUGCAGUGCUACUAUCCUCCGUCGAGGCCCAAGUUGAACCACCUUCAGACUUGAGAUUUAAGAUUUUAAAUGAGAACACAGUGCAAAUGACAUGGAAAGCGCCGUUAACACGGAUAGAAGGAUUCAGGAUACAGGUGGCCUCAGACACAGACAAACCAACAAAAGAUUUAACCCUCCCUGCCACAGCCACUAAGACAUCCAUUACAGACCUUACUCCAGACUUGGACUAUGUAGUAACAAUCAUCUCAUACUCUGGCUCAGAGGAAAGUUUGCCCACCUCAGGACAGCUCACAAUCCAAUCAAGUGGCACAGCGCAAGGAGGUCCCAGGAAACCACAGGUCACAGACUCUGUCAAGUGUUCUUACAGUGCUAUCACAGAUCUGGUGUUCCUGGUUGAUGGUUCAUGGAACGUUGGAAGAGACUUUAAAUACAUCCGUAGCUUCAUCUCUGCCAUGGCGGGAGCCUUUGAGAUUGGGGAGGACAAGACCAGGGUAGGUGUGGUCCAGUACCAUACUGAUACCAGGACAGAGUUUAACCUCAACCAGCACAUGAAACGGGGCGAACUUCUCAGAGCCAUCAACACACUACCUUACAUGGGUGGCAACACCAUGACAGGCGAGGCCAUGGACUACCUGCUGAAAAACACAUUCACUGAGGCAAAUGGUGCCAGGAAAGGCUUUCCCAAGGUGGCCAUGAUUAUCACAGAUGGGAAGUCUCAAGACCCUGUGGAGGCGAUCGCCAAGAAACUCAAGAACAUGGGGGUGGAGAUCUUCACGUUGGGGAUCAAAGGAGCAGAUGAUGAGGAGCUGAAACAAAUGGCUUCGACCCCCUACAGGACACACGUAUAUAAAGUCUUCAACUUUGACCUUAUCAAGGAUGUGCAGAAAGAGCUCAUUACCAAUGUGUGCUCGGGGGUGGACGAUCAACUCAACUCACUCGUCAGCGGAGAGGAAGUUAUUGAACCAGCAUCAAACCUCCAAGUUGUGGAGGUGGCCUCCAAGUCUAUGAGGGUGACAUGGGACGCUUCCUUUGGAGAUGUGUCGGGUUACAAGAUCCAGCUGAUCCCCAUGAUGGCCGGCAGCAAGCGCCAGGAGCUGUACGUAAGCCCCGGCCAGACCUCAGCAACAGUUACGGGCCUGUCUCCAGACACAGAGUACCAGAUCAGCCUGUUCGCCCUCAAGGGCCUCACGCCCAGCGAGCCCAUCAUGGCCAUGGAGAAGACUGAGCCAGUCAAGGUGUCCCUUGAAUGUUCUCUUGGAGUGGACGUGCAAGCCGACGUUGUCAUUCUGGUCGACGGCUCAUAUAGUAUCGGACUGUCCAACUUCGCUAAAGUCAGAUCUUUCCUGGAGGUGCUGGUGAACUCCUUUGACAUCGGACCAGACAAGAUUCAGAUCAGCUUGGUUCAGUACAGCAGGGACGCUCACACUGAGUUCUACCUGAACACCCACCGCGAUCUGAGCGCUGUGGUCAAGGCCGUCCGGACAUUCCCCUACCGUGGCGGCUCCACCAACACCGGCCGGGCCAUGACUUACGUCAGGGAGAAGGUCUUCUUGGCCAACCGAGGAUCACGGCCGAACGUGCCCCGCGUCACCAUCCUCAUCACUGAUGGGAAGUCAUCCGACUCCUUCAAGGACCCUGCCACCAAGCUGAAGAAAGCGGACGUGGAGAUCUUUGCCGUGGGCGUGAAGGAUGCCGUGAGAUCUGAGCUGGAAGCCAUUGCUAACGAGCCCGUGGAGACCCAUGUGUACACAGUGGAAGACUUUGAUGCUUUCCAGAGGAUCUCCAAGGAGCUCACCCAGUCCAUCUGCCUGAGGAUCGAGCAGGAGCUCCUCAACAUCAAGAAGAGAAGCUUACUGCCACCGAGGUCAUUAACGUUCUCUGAGGUGGCCACCAGGAGCUUCAGAGCUACCUGGGAGACCGAUGUCUUCGACGUCCUGUCCUACCUGAUCCAGUUCAGACCGGCUGCUGACACCAACGGGGACUUUGUGUCCAUGUCCGUGCCCGGGGACACGCUCACCGCUCUGCUGCCUCACCUCACGCCCGUCACCCUCUACGAGGUCAACGUCUUUGCCCAGUACGCCCAAGGAGACAGCUUCCCUCUGAAUGGAUUUGAGACCACACUAGAUGAACAAGGAACAGUGAGUAACCUGAGGGUGUCCGAGGAAACAACAGACAGUUUCCUGGUGUCGUGGGCGCCGGCACCAGGAGCGGUGGUACGGUACCGUCUGACCUAUGUACCAGUAAGGGGCGACAGCGCGAGACUAGAGACAGUCACUGUCGGCCAAGAGACCACCAUCGUGCUGCCGGAGCUCAAUCCCUUAACGACGUACCGUGUGACGGUGGCUGCAGAGUACCAGUUAGGCACUGGCGGAGAGAUGCAGAUCGAUGGCACCACCAAAGAAGGGCAGGGAUCUCCACGGGACCUGCGGGUCUUCGACGAGACUAUGUCCACCAUGAAGCUGUCGUGGGCGGCGGCACCGGGCCGCGUCCUCCAGUACCGUAUCAAUUUCCAUCCAUCGGCGGGUGGCGAGAGGAAGGAGGUGUCAGUGAAGGGAGAGAACACCAACGUCCUCCUGAAGAACCUGCAGCCUGGCACUGAGUACGACCUGGCCGUCAGCGCACACUACUCCUCUGGCAUAGGAGACCCGCUGAAGGGGAAAGGAACCACACUGGAAGAACUGGGCUCCCCCAGGGACCUUGUCACCAGCGACGUGACGGACACCAGCUUCGCUGCGUCUUGGACGGCUGCCCUUGGGAACGUGAAGAUGUACAGCAUCCGCUGGAAGUCCAUGUACAGUGACGAGUCAGGGGAGAAGAUGGUCCCUGGAGACGUCACCAACACCGUGCUGGAGGGCCUUACCCCUGAGACCCUCUACCAGGUGUCUGUCCUGGCCUCCUAUGGCAGAGGAGAUGGAAGCCCGCUGACUGGACAGGAGACCACUGAUGGUACUACUGUUUAUUACACGUCAUCCUCU